AUCUCCUUUUUCCUCUUUUCUAUUUCAAUACCCACAUCUGUUGCUUGGAUUCUGUUACAUCUCUUUUAACUUUUAGUACUUUCUUCACUGUCACGUCUCACACACUUUGUUUUUUGUCUGAUCUAACUUUUCAAUUCCGUCUCUCCCUCUCUCUCUCUAUAUAUAUUCAUCUGACUGAAUUUCUGGGCGAAGAGAAAAUUUUCUGGGCACCCAUUUCGUUUUAGAUUGCUUUCUAGAGUAUGAGUUCUUCCUGCCUUCUCUUGAAAUACUGUUUGUAAGUUAUGAUACAAUGUUCCGGUGUUUCUAACUGCUGCCACGUCUUGUUUUGGACUCAUCAGGUGGAGGAUUUUAAUAGGUUUCAUAUGUUUUGGUUUAACAUCUCUUACACAUAGAAGUGUUCAUUUGUUUUGAGUUCAGUGGCAGUUGAUUCUAUAUUUAUGACAAAUUAUGAUUGGAAGGAAGAACAUGGGACGGGCAUCACCACUGUUUCUGGUUCUUUUGGUUAUUGGGUUUUUCCUUGUGACAUAUAAUGUGCUAACAAUGAUAUAUCACAAUAGAGCAGCUGGUUCAAGGAAAUUGGGCGGUCAUGAUACAAAGGGUGGGUUGUUGAUUGAUCCCAUUAUCGAGAUGCCUGAGAAUGCAAGGAGAGCAAAGAAUGUCAAGUUGCCCUUCCAUGUUGCCCUGACAGCAACUGAUGCUCCUUAUAGCAAAUGGCAGUGUCGUAUCAUGUACUACUGGUAUAAGAAGAAUAAGGACUUGCCUGGAUCAGAGAUGGGAGGAUUUACUCGGAUCCUGCAUUCAGGAAAGCCUGACAACCUGAUGGAUGAGAUUCCUACUUUUGUGGUUGAUCCUCUUCCAGCAGGUCUGGAUCGGGGUUAUGUUGUUUUAAAUAGACCAUGGGCCUUUGUGCAAUGGCUGGAAAAGGCUACAAUUGAGGAAGAAUACAUACUGAUGGCAGAGCCCGACCACAUAUUUUUAAGCCCACUGCCUAAUUUGUCACAUGGUGGUUAUCCUGCUGGCUAUCCCUUUUUCUACAUCAAGCCUGCUGAAAAUCAAAAGGUUAUAAGGAAGUAUUUCCCUGAGGAGAAUGGCCCUGUAACAAAUAUUGAUCCAAUUGGCAAUUCUCCUGUUAUUAUUAGGAAGGAUUUGCUGGAGAAGAUUGCACCAACAUGGAUGAAUGUCUCAUUGAGAAUGAAAGAAGAUCCAGAGACUGACAAAGUUUUUGGAUGGGUGCUAGAAAUGUAUGGAUAUGCUGUGGCUUCUGCUUUGCAUGGUGUGCAGCAUAUUCUUCGGAAAGACUUUAUGCUACAGCCCCCGUUUGAUUUCGCAACUGAGAAAAAAUUUAUCCUCCAUUUUACUUAUGGAUGUGAUUACAACAUGAAGGGUGAGCUGACAUAUGGGAAAAUUGGAAAGUGGCGAUUUGACAAGAGAGCAUAUCUCUAUGGACCUCCGCCUAGAAAUAUUCCCUUGCCGCCUCCAGGAGUUCCUGAAAGUGUGGUCACUCUUGUAAAGAUGAUAAAUGAAGCUACUGCUAACCUUCCAGGGUGGAGCACUGAAUAAAGACAUUUCUGUGGUUGAUGGGCAUAAACUCAUGAAACCCUAAUUUUGAGGAGAAAAAAAAAAACAACUCUGAUCUCGGUGGAGCUUCUUAGAUAGAUUAACAAACAUGAACCUCAGGUUAAAUUCUUGUUGUCACAAAUAGAAUAUACAAAUGGAAAGUAAGGUGUUUGUUGCCUUAGAUCCUGAAGACAUUUUCUUUUAAGAAGAGUAAAUUUACAGCAACAUGAACUUUUUUAACCAUUUAAAUUCUUCAUCACAGUCUCUCAA